CUUUAUCGUCCUCCUCCGCAUGAGCCUAAGAUUACUGCAGCAGCAACUUAAUUUAAGAGUAAUCUCAAAUUGUCAUCAUCAUUUUUAUUCAUUUCUACAUCAUGAGCUAUUUGUGACAAAUUAUUAUAACAGUUCAGAGCUUGAGAGUUUUGUCAAGGAUGAAUGUAAGUCAGGGAAGAUCAAGAAACUUGAUGAUGGUUUAAAAUUGUUUGACCAGUUGAUCUUGGAAAGGCCAUUACCAAAUGCUGAUACAUUUAACCAUGUAUUGGGAUCACUAUCAAAGGAAAAGAUUGAUUUUGCAUUCGAAAUGUUUGGUAAAAUGUCUCAGACAGGUACUCAACCUGAUGCAUAUACAUUUAUCUGGGCUAUGUACAACUGGUAGAGUGGGUCUUGCUAUUGCGCUGAAAAACAAGAUGGGGAAAUGGAAUUGCAGCCCUAAUGUUGUUUCAUACUCUGCCAUCAUAGAUGCACUUUGCAAAGGAGGUUUAGUUGAAGAAGCUUUGGUUCUCUUCUCCGAAAUGCUUAGAGAUUCCAGUGUUGUGCCAAAUGUGGUUGUUUACAAUUCUUUGAUUAACGGACUUUGCAAUUCAGGACGGUUAUGCGAGACAAAGAAACUCUUAGAUGAGAUGGCAAAAAGAAGAAUCUAUGCCGAUCAAAUCACCUAUAAUUCUAUAAUCCAUGGUCACUGUCAUCAGUUGCAGCAUAUUAAUUGAUGGGUAUUGUAAAAAUCGUAAGCUGGAUGAAGCUAUGCAGCUAUUCAAGAAAAUGAAACAAAAUGGACUGCAACCCACAACAGUUGCUUUGUGUGUGUGUGUGAAACCCAUAAUUGUUGAGGUAGCAUUCAAUUCUUAAUCAAUUAUCCACAUUGAUGGAUGGAUAUAUGGUUUCAU